UCGAUUUUUUUGGAAGACAUAUUUUGCCGGCCCUAAAUUGUCACUUGAUAUUUGUUUACAUUCCAUAUAAAAUACAGCUGACAAGUAAAUCAUUUCGAAAAUGGAAAAACAAAAGUACAAAAAAAGAAGUUGUUGGAGUGAUAGGGCAGAAGCCCUAUUAAUUGAAUUGUGGCGGAACAAAGUAAGUGCUUUUCGCGGACCCAAGAAGAACAGCCAUAUAGUGGAGGAAAUGGCAAUGGAGAUGCAGCAACAAGGUGUGCAUUUCACGGCGAGUGAAAUAAAGUCGAAAAUGCACAACCUUUCACAGAGAUAUAGGAAAGAGAAGACAGCAGUCGGGUCAACUGGCGGUUCUCCCUCGCAGUGGCCACUUUACGAGAAAAUGAGAGCCGUACUGUUGCCGUACGUCAGCUACAAUGCCGAGAACUUAGUGGAGGAAAGUUUUCAAAGUUCUACUAACUCUGAACCACUCCAAAUUUCGGUGGAAACGGCUGCGUCUUCUACAUUUGUUGCUGCAUCUCCAUUGUCAUCACCGGUUUGCCUACCAUCGCCCUCAGCUAUGCCGAUGUCGCCAAGCGACACUUCUUCGGUACCAGUACCGUCUCCCGAGCCGAGUGAUGCUAUCAAUAAAAAAAGGAAUAAUUUUCAAACCAUAAUUUAAAAAAAUUUGACCACAUAGAAAAG